ACGCCGUCGACGGCCCUCCCAUCCUGCCAUCCUGGCCGCUCCCCCAGGCGGAAUGGCCGCCAUUUUUAAUCGCAUUCCCUCCCGCCACCCUCGGCUCCAAUUACGUUGGGUCCAACUUCUCUGUUCGAUUCUGCUCCUCUGCCUGCUCGUAUCGCCCCCUCGCUCGCCUGCACGCACGCACGCACGCACAUCUUAUCCAGGGCCAUCUGCUGCCACCGCCUCGACCCUUCUCAACACUCCACACGCUGGGGCAUCUUAACCGAUAGACGGGCUGCUUCCAUACGUAUUCGACUCGACGACUCGCAUUUACAUCCUGCCCUCGCCAAGGAAGCCCUCGGGAGGAACGAAGCAAAGGUCAAACUCACCCUACUCCCCGCAGCGCCGGCACACCGCAAGAGCCGAUUGAUUGCUGCAUACCACAGCGGCGCGCCUCGCUCCUUUGGCACCCAACGCGUAUCGUCCACACGCGCUGCACGGCCCUUCUCUUGUCGCUCGCCUGUGUCUUCAGCGGACCCUUCCCCGUCGUCGCCGAGACCGAUAUAGCACCAGCGUAUUUUUCGCCGUGCCACGAACACCCGCACGGGCGGUCACCGUCGCCGCGCCCAACGAUUUGUCUGGCGAAUGCAUGACCUCGAGACCCGACAUUUAAUUACACGACCACGAUGCAACCAUACGAGCCGCCUAGUCCUGUCAUAACAUCCGACUCGCGUACAACGACGACUUGCAACUGAUCCCACGCGAAACGACACAACCCGACGCCACCAUGGCCCUGUGGCCCUUUCGCCGCAAGAGCUCUCGCAAGCGGUCCAGAAGCGGCGCGGCCCUCUCGGAUGGCGAGGGUCCGCAGCUUCACGGUCAUGACGAGGGCGUUGCCGCCGCGAGGGCCGCGUCCAAGAAGAAGCAGCGAACCGAGCCCGUCAAGCUCCGCCGCCGCCCGCGGACGUACAGCUUCUCGCCCGGUCGUAACGACUCGAUUCGAGUAGACAGACCCCAUGCCGCUCGCCAGCCAGCUGGUCGCGCCGGCGGCGCCGCUGAUACCGGUCAGCAGGAGCUCGGCUGGACGCGCACACCGACCCUUCACCACAGAAUCAAUCCGCCUCCCUCGAGAAGACGCAGCAGCAAGAGGAGGCGAGAGGACCACGAGAGAGAGGCCGAGAUCAAGGCUAUGAGCGCUCACAUGCCUACCCGGCUCGGCGUUGACGCCUCGACCACUGGAGGAGCCUUGACCAAGCAGAGCAGUAAGAGGGCCAAGACGAACGCCACCACGGGCCAAUGGGACAAACCCACGUCAAACAUCUCGCUGCCGCUCCCAGACUCGAUUCGCUCCAGCCGAUCGUCCGACUCCGACUUUGUCGCCUACAAAAUUUCCGCUCUGGAUUCCCUGGCGCCGCGGCCGACGCUUCGUUACGCCCAAGGGUCCCGAUGGACGCCCUCGCGAGCCUCCGACCCAGCCGCGUCUGGGACUCAGAAGAAGCGGAUUGCUGAGUGGGAUGCCAUUCCGGAGGGAGGUCUGGAUUCUCGCAAGCGUAUCGAUGACCUUGCCGACGGGCUCGACGCCAGCGACCUGCGAGAACUCAUGGAGCGCGACAACCGCAGACGUGAGAGAAAGCGCCAACUCGAGCAGGAGCGCGUCGAGCGCAGGCUGGCGCGCAGGGCCGAGAAGCAACGGCGAGACGAGGCAGAGGCCCGAAAGUCGGGGACGCCGCCGCCCGAGAAUCUCGAACGUGGUGUCCUGGGCCGUGAGCUGGUUGGGUUGGGCAUCGACCCACCUUCGGCUGUGGUAACCUCCUCCAAGAGACGAGCAUCACCCACGGGGGAGCCCUUGUCUGAAUUGGAACAGACAUCGUCUAAGGAGCCGUUAGAAUCGUUUCACCGCUCCGAGACUCUACCAAAAGAGGAGUCAACAGAAACCGACCAUCAAGCUGCCGCCGCUAGUACCGCGGCGCACACCAAGUUACCCGCUGCCCGUGAGGCCCAAGCGUCAACAGCAUCGCAGGGCUCCCUCCUCGGUGGGCUCCUACGCGCCAAAAAGUCGCUGUCCAAGUCGACCCUCGGCUCGGACAAGGACCGCAUGGUAGUCGACGAUGAGCCGCGCAAGGACUCAGUGGGCAGCAACAAGCAUGCUCGCCUGUCCAUUACCUCGUUUCUGAGAUGGGGAGGACGAAGCAGACGCAACUCCGGCCCGUCCUCGUUCUCCAACACGUCUCGCGAGGAGAUGCAAGCUGCCGCUCAAGCGCAGGCGGAGGCGCUCGCGAAGCUACAAGGCGAAGAUGUCUCGCACCCGAAUUACCUUGCCAGCAAAGUCGGUGCCGCACCUAAACGAACGCGGUCGCGGUUCCGCGAAGACCUCCCCGAUUUUCCGCUAUCCCCCCCCGACUCGCGUGUGCAGUCGCCCGAGUCGGAGCCGCCGCCUUUGCCCAUGGUUGCCGAGGUGAAGACGCCCGAGACAGAAUCCCGGCCGACCGUGUCGAGUCGCCUUGGUACGCCCUCGUCUGCGCCCCGACUUAUUGAGGGUGCCCAAGCCGCGUCCAGGUCAGACGAUAAGGUAUAUGGUGCCCAGUCGGUAGAGGAUCCAUACCAGUCCAUCUCACUCGCAUCCAUUGACUCCGAGGGAUCCUGGUUGUCUGGACGGAUCGGCAGCAAGCGGUCUGCCACUUUGCGGGACAGCAUUGCCAAGGCCAACCAUCGGGACCAUGCCAUGACAGAGUCUCCCUCCAGCGGCACGCCGGAUGAAGCGGCCAUUACCGACGACGACUACCUAUCGCGGUUAGCCCCGCGCCGACAUUCUGGCGUCGCGAUGGCUGGGCGGCCGUCUGGAGAGGGCCGACCCAGCAGUGACGAGGACGAGCCGAUGCGCGAGGGCGACGUCAAAUGGGGCGCUGUAGGGGCCAGACCCCAUCUCGUCCAGUACCACCUGCACAAUCGCGACACGAUGCGAAGCCACGAAGUCUUAAUGAACAUGGAGUCUGGUGACGAUGACAGCGAGGUCUCGCCCGUGUCGCCAGUCAGCCCAGUGAGCCUGGAAAAGGCCGAUGUCCAACGUGCCAGGAGCGUGAAUGUUGGUCAAGGUCACAGCAGGAACUUUAGCGCCGGGAGCGCCAGGCUUUUGGAUAUCUAUCCGAGAGAAUCUCUCGAAAAGCACUAGGUGUGAGGAGAGGGCAGGCGACCCAUUGGAGUGUUCUAACAAGAGCAGAGUCAGAUGCAGAGCAGCUUCCCACGCGUCGACAGCCAAAAUAUUGUUUGGCGGCAUCGCGAUACCAUACUCCACAGACCCGGGCGAAGAAUGCAGCUUCCUAUUUCCUUUGUGUUCGUCCAGCGCAUUCGACACUGACCGAAGUCACUCUUUUACUAUUUCCUUGGAUAAAGCAAAAAAUCCAAAAAGAAAAAAAACUUGGAAAACAAAGAAAGUCACAUCAAAAAAGGAUAAAAACUUGGAAAAUCACAACAGGAAGCUGCUGCAACUGACUCUGCUCUUUGUACGACACACUUCAUGGAGCCUGCCUUUCUCAACUGGUCGCAGCUCCAUGUUAUUGGACAUUUCUGAUUUUGCCUCGCUAUAUUAUUCGUACAUACACCGCAUAUGAUACCCGUGCGUCGGAAAGAGAUGGUCCCUUGAGCUUUUUUGUUUUGGAGGAUGGACAUGGUUUCCAUCUAGCAUCCAAUGCGUGGGAUCCUGGCCCGCGGGAUGGGUCGGUCGAGCAUGACGAGCGUGUCUAGUUGGAUUAUUAGCAAGGCGCGCUCCAAGGACUCGGGAUGCGGAUAGAAAAUGAAUGAUUUGAGUUGUCUCCCAA